AUGGACUUGGAGCGAUUCGCGCUUGAGGAGUGGAAUCCUUUUCCUCAGUGGAGAGGGGAGAAGACUUACCAUCCGUGCAAGGAGCUGCAGGACGAUAAGUAUCGCCAGUGGUAUCAUUUCGACGCCGAGGGCAAGACUCUAGGUCACUUGGCAAAGGCUGUGGCGAAGGUGCUAGAGGGCACAGACAGCCCGCUGUAUGAUCCUAUCCGGGACGUUGGAGCGUAUGCAAUUGUCACCAACUGCGAACGUGUGCGGCGCUUGGAUCAUUUGAAGCAGGUUCUGUCAAGCAAUUCUUCCAAGCCAUUUAUGGAAAUGGUGGAUGACGAAGCCAUCACAGAUCCCUCUAUCUGGCAGUGGGCGCAAAUGACAGCGGACGAUACUUGUGGGACUGUCUGUCGUAUCAAUGCAGGACUGCGCGAGCGCGGACACUGGUGGGAGGCGCUGGAACAAGCUGCUGAUCAAGUCUGUUGGGGUUGCGAGCUCGAGCCGUGGCCGAACGAACGAGCGUAUGGCCACCAGAUAUGGCGUGCCCUGCAUGGCGGUCUUCCAAUCAGGAGUGUGGCUGCCCACACCAAUCUGUGGAGCGUGCCGUGUCCCAAGGGAAUUCAGCAUCGGCACCGCGGGACUCGAUGCUUGAUAGGCCAUUUUGUUUACGGCAUCAUGUGCUUCUUCAAGUUCAUGGGAGAGCCUCAGGAAAACGUGGCCCUGACUAGUCUGGAGAGUGUCAUGGACCUGGCAUUUGUGGUCCACCAUGCUCCCUGUCGCGCUCAGUGGGCAUUUCCUGUGCAAGAGGUUGCAGAAAAUUACGAGCGGAUCCUGACAGAUGUAUGGCACAGACAUCGGCCUAUCCCGGAUCUUUGGUUGCCGGCUUCUGGACCCUUGCGAUGCUGGCGGCCAAGAGCCCCGGAGCCUCAAGAGGUGAACAACCGGCAUGUCGCGCCAUUCACGCCUCGAAUCCAGUGUCUGGUUCUCUCCAUGUAUCCACAGGAAAUUGAGCGAAUGGCCAUGAUCGUUGAAACAUACGCCAAGUAUUGUGACUCCUUGAAGUUUUUCAUUGCUGGGGAAGGCCCAGCGGCUUUCAGAGGUUACCAAGUCGUGAACUUGCGCGAGUGGUUCGCCAUUGCUUCGGAUCCUCGUCCAAAGGAGGCAUCCAAGGAACCCAACACAAUUGAGAAGACCUUCAUGGCUCUCCACUUUGCAGGGCUGUCCAUGAAAAAGGUGCCAGAAAACAGCAAGCCAGACGUGAUCUGCCGCUUGGACUCUGACACCCUGUUCCUCCCCCCAAAUCUGCGUCGCAUUCUUGCUUGCCGCAACUUUUCGUUUGCAGAAUCAUGGGCAAUGGGCUUCGAAAACUAUGCCCAUAAGCAUCAGCAGCCCGGUCGUGUCUUUCUGAAUGGUGGAACAGGCGUUUGUCUGUCGAGAGCAGCUUUGGAGUUGCUUUCGAAAGAGAUCUCUGCGGGCAAGUUGAUGCGCAGCUCUUCCCCCGGGGACUGGAAUACUGGCCGCUGCAUCACAGCCCCUGGACACUGGGAUGAUGCCGCUCGCUUGAUAUGA